GCAUCUCUAUCUCUGGUCAAGGUGAACUGGGUGGGGCCGGAACUUGAUACCGGCGUUGCCGCAGAAACCGCAUCCUACAGUUCUAAUUCAGGCAGCAGCAUCUACACAUAGAGUAUCGACCUCUGGAAGCACACACACACAAUGCAUACCGGUUUGCAGUAUAUACAUGUGCAAUCACACAUACAAACAGUAAUGUAUAUGUAGUAUAUGCAUGCACAGUCACACACAGGCAUACCAGUCAUCCAGUUGGAAUGUAGAUGCUUUCUCCUGCUGAAGUCUCAGUAUGCUAACGAGCCUAUAAAAAGCCAUGUCACCAAACCAUGAAUAUUCAUCCAUGUCCAAUGUCCCAGCGAAGGUGACCUGUAAGGGCGCAGCAGAGGUUACAAGGGGCAGGGCUUAGAUUAGAGGGACUCAACCCCCUGGGACCCACCCCAUCGGACAGAGCAUUCAUAUCCCCAUACUAAUACACACACGUUCACACAGCCAACCAGAGAUGCCCUCUCUCACUUGCUCUCUCUCUCUCAUUCCCUCUUUCCUGUCAUACCUGUGCUCCUUGUCUCAGAGACUCCGCUGAAUGAACAGAAGGUUAAAACAAACAACAAGAAGCUGCCACCCCUCCUCACCUCCCGUCCUCUUUCCUGAUCCUCUCCUCAUCCUGUCAUCUUCUCUCUUUCUCUCUCUCUCUCUCUCUCUCUCUCUCUCUCUCUCUCUCUCUGUGUGUGUGUACCUGAGAGUCAUACCUCUCUCCACCCUGCAUCCAGUCAGAACCAAGGCCAGGACAUACACACAAAGGUGAUGACAAGUAGUCAUAGGGUCAUCCCGGCACAGCCCAGCCCCUCACACCUGCUAAUCAACCCCAAUGCCUCAGCAACCCCAGAACCUGGGCCCGGAGGCCACACCUCCACAAAGUUUAUGAGCGAGUUGCACUCCCUCCACAUGCCCUCGUGGGCUAUAGGAGCUCUAUGCGUGGUGAGUGUGUGUCUGGUGUUGUCAUGCUGUUUGUGUGUCUGGAGGAAAUGUCUGAAGAAGAAAGACACAGAGAAGGAGAAGAAGGGCAAGAACGGCUUGAACAUGGACACUGAGCUGGAGGGAGGCAACUCUGAGCCCCUGGAGGGUGACACAGAGACCGGAUUGACUGGCAGGGAGGAGGAGGAGCCUAAAGAGGAAGUGAAGUUGGGCAGACUGGAGUUCUCAAUGGACUACAACUUCACAGAGAACACGAUGGUAGUAGGUAUCCUGCAGGCCUGUGAUCUCCCUGCCAUGGACGUUGGGGGAAGUUCAGACCCGUAUGUUAAACUCUACCUUUUGCCAGACAAGAAGAGGAAGUUUGAGACUAAAGUCCACAGGAAGACACUCAACCCAACCUUCAAUGAGACUUUCACCUUCAAGGUACCGUACAAUGAACUUGGAGGCAGGACUCUGGUGAUGACAGUGUAUGACUUUGACCGUUUCUCUAAACACGACGCGAUUGGAGCGCUACGAGUACCAAUGAGCAGCCUGGACUUCAGUCAGAUGACACAGGAGUGGCGGGAACUGAAGAAGGCAGAGAAAGAGGAGUCAGAGCGUCUGGGUGAUAUCUGUCUUUCUCUGAGGUACGUUCCUACAGCAGGGAAACUAAGCAUUGUUGUCCUCGAGGCCAAAAACCUAAAGAAGAUGGACGUAGGAGGACUAUCAGACCCCUAUGUAAAGAUACACCUUCUGCAGAAUGGAAAGAGACUGAAGAAGAAGAAAACCAGCAUCAAGAAGAACACUCUCAACCCUUACUACAAUGAGUCCUUCAGCUUCGAGGUGCCUUUCGAACAGAUACAGAAGGUGCAGGUAGCAGUGACAGUGUUGGACUAUGAUAAGAUUGGGAAGAAUGACGCUAUCGGGAAGGUUUUCCUAGGCGGAGCCAGCAGCGGCACAGAGCUCCGUCAUUGGUCAGACAUGCUGGCCAACCCCCGCCGGCCCAUUGCUCAAUGGCACGGCCUCAAAGCAGAGGAUGAAGUCAACGCUGAGCUGGCUGCCAGGAAGUGAUGUCACAUCCCUAGGCAGCUCUCUGUAGAAGACUACUUUAUAUUGAUGCAUACUGACUUUGCACUUCUACUCCUACCCACUUAUAAACUCCCAAACCCUGAUACCCAUCCACCAUUCAUGACCCCCCCCCCAAACCCCCUCCUCUACUGUGGAAAGUAUUUAAGACACAUUACUAUCUGGGACAUUAGCAUGUAUAUAUCAUGAUAAUACUGUCAAACAUGUACAUUAUACUAUGUUAUUAAACAUUCUAAGAUUGUU